CCCUGGGGUGGGCGGGGGGAAAAAAAGGGAGGAGAGGGGAGGGAUCUGAGCCCCUAGGGAGGGCUGGGCCGGACAGCACAGAACUGGGCUGGGGCGGGGCGGCAGGAAGAGCCUACCCGAUGAGGGCCCCGGUGCUCUGGCCGCUCCUCUGUCUUUGCUGCUCUGGGCGGGUCACGGCUCGCGCAGGCUGCGACUAGGAGGACCACCUGGGCCCGGUUCUAUGGGACCGUCAUGAAAGUGCCGGGACAGCCGUCGGCCAGCCCGCCGGGCCCCUCGGGCCAGCCACACGCGCCCGGCGGCCCCGAGCUGAUGGAUCUGACGGUCUACGGGGACCCCCUGAACUUCUACCAGCCGGCGCUGCCCCAGCAUCCUCACGGGCCGUCGAGGGUCCCCUCGGCGGCCUCCGCCGCCUUCGGGCUGCCCGAGUACGGCGGGGCGGGGGCCAACCCGUACCUGUGGCUCAAUGGGCCGGGCCUGGGGCAGCCCUCCUACCUGCCGGGCUUCGGCGGCCCCGGCCAGCGCCCCUUCCUUCCGCCUUCGCCCGGCCUGGGGCCGCCGGCCGCCGCGGAGCUCUCCUGGCUGUCGCUGUCCAACCAGCAGGAGCUGCUGAAGAUCAUGCGGCCGCCCUACUCGUACUCGGCGCUCAUCGCCAUGGCCAUCGAGAACGCGCCCGGCAAGAAGCUGACCCUGAGCCAGAUCUACCAGUACGUGGAGGGCACCUUCCCCUUCUACAAGAAGAGCAAGGCCGGCUGGCAGAACUCCAUUCGCCACAACCUCUCCCUCAACGACUGCUUCAAGAAGGUGCCCCGCGACGACGACGACCCCGGGAAAGGAAAUUACUGGAUCUUGGACCCAAACUGUGAGAAAAUGUUUGAUCAUGGAAACUUCCGCAGAAAGAGGAAAAGACGAGGAGACUCCAAUGGGACGGGGACACAGGGAGCCGGCUCCAAGUCUGAAGACGGUAGCUCUGGGACCCUCACAAAUCCAGUGGAGAACCCCAGCCUCGCAGACUCCCCCUCCCCAGAACUGCUCGGCUCAGCCAGCACCAGGACUGAAUCCAAGCCCUCCUUACUAGCUAGGGAGGCCAGCCCGUGUUUCUCCAGCUUCACUUCCACCAUGGGAGCCCUGGCUAAUGGCAGUGGCGUCUUCCCCAGGCACCUCCCAGAAGCAGGAGGUGCUCCAGUGGGAGACUUGGCUCUGGCAAGGCAGGUGAACUCUGGCCUCGGCUCCUACCCAACUUGCUCCAACAUGGUCCACGGCAUGGAACUUGGUCCCCAGACUCAGGCCCAACCCGUGAAUGGUCACACCGCCAGCUUUCACAACUACCCUGUCAACAACUUGGUCUACAGCAGAGAAGGGACUGAGAUUUAGAGCGAGGAAAGAGGGGCUUCAAUACUGAUUGAAACGUGGUUUUUUUGUUCUUGGAUUGGACCCUAAAUCCUUAACUCUUCUUCUCUGGCUCCUGUACAGAAGACUGGAGGAAGGAAAACGGGGAACGAGCAUUUGUUCGGUGUUUAUCAUGUGCCAAGAGCUGUGUUAAGCACUUUACAGAUUUCUCACUUGGAUCUUGCAGCAACCUUUAGCGGUAGGACCUAUUGUCAUCCUCAUUUUGCAGAUGAGAAACUGAGACAGAGAAGUGACUUUCCCAGGAUUACACAGCUAGUAAAUAAAUAUCGGACUCUAGGCCCAGAGCUCUCUGUUUGAGUGAUCUUAGCUGUAAAUAUUGGCUUUAGGGGAUUAUUCCAAAAUCUCCCUUAUCCCAAUGCAACCUGGAAAAUGUUUUGUGUUUGAAUGAGGCCAGCUCAAUGGACUUGUGAGCUUCAGCUCUUCGGGAUGAGGUCCCUGAGGUCAUUGUCCCUUCUCGAUCUUGUGGACUUCUGAUUUUGUUAUCCUGCAAACAGUUCGAGGCUCCCAGACAUUGGUUCUGGAGAAAGGGUUAGUUGGCGAUUUCUUCUCUUUAAAAUAGAUCUAAUUUUGCAUUUUACAAUUUGGGUUCCUGUGUUUUCUUUUACACCUUCCAAUUCUCUUUGUUGAGCUCCUUUCCUGAGCAAUGAUUGGCUACAACAGAGUUGGCUUGGUUUGAAUCUUGGUGCAGCCAUAGCCUCAGUGAUCCAUGGCAGGACCUUAAGUCCACUCCUCUCCAAAGCUUUGGCUCUGAGAGAAGUGUCUUGGGGGCCAGGUUUUGUGUUGAGGGAGAGAUCUCCCCAGCAUUAUGCUGAGAGGUCUAGGAAGGAUCCUGGGACUUCUCAGAGGCAGCCCUUCCUAAGCUGUUAUGUUCAGAGGUGGUUAAGUUCUCAAUGGCACUGAAUACCUAAAGUGAAGAAAAUCUCCCUUGCUUCCGUCUUCAUUUCCCUCUUGCCCUUUACUGUCAGCAAGUCCCUCUUUCUUGGUCUAUUCUCUAAUCUUAAUUCCUGUCUCUUUGAACAUGUCUCCUUGUGUAUCUUUUUAACUUCCUCCCUACCUCCAACCCAAUUUAAAAUGGAGGGACCUUAAGCUCAUUCAUCUCUCCUUCCUCCAGUCUUUCCUUAUCCUUAUACUGUGUCUGACCCACGGACAAGCCCUCCGUGCCUUUCAUGCUUUCAGAUGACCCCUUCCCAACACCUCUUUUGUUUGCUUUGGCUUCCAUAUGGAACCGGAUGGUGAGGUUAGAAAAGACAGGUUCUUGUUUGCACCGUUCCCACUAUGAACAGGAACCCUCAGGAUGAAUUUGAGAUUCAGCAGAGCCAUCUUAGAGAAUCCAGAUUUUUGCCAAAGUCUUAACCAAAUUCAAACGACCAAUUGCCCAGGUUCUUUCUUCCUUGUGACCUUGUGGAACACAUUUAUAGCUUAGCUUCCUAGGGAUUGGAAGAGUAAAAGAUGGAAAAUGCCCCCCAAACUCUGCCUGGAUCCCCAUAAGUCACUCCUGAGUGAGUCCCCUCCAGUCCCCAGCAAAAGUCCAAGGGGUAAAGUUCGAAAAGCUAAGAUUUUCCAGCUCAAACAUGAAAGUCUGAAGGGAGGCCAGCUGCGUUUGUAGGGCAAAAUAAGGAUCUAAAAGUAAAGAUGGGAGAAAAGGGGAAGGGGGAUUUUUCAAUUCUACUGAAGGCAUCAGCAGUAUGUUCCUGUCCCAAGGAGCUGGGAAGAAUUGGAAAGAACCACAGCCAGUCCUUUCAACCCUAGACAAGCUUUGCUCUCACAAUGGAGCUGUCCAGCAAGCAGCUUGCCUUCCCUUGCCCAUCAGCCCUGUCUCUUCAAAGACAUCUGUGACCCCCUGGCCUGGCCUUGUUAUGUCCAUUGAGUUUCCUCACACUAAGGUCUCCAAUUAAGAUUUCUGGUAGAUUAGAGGAGGACAGGAGUUCAAGAGAAGAUUAUGCACUAUCCCCAGGAAUUCCCUGAACCCCUCCUCUUGUUGUAAUGUUUUGUUUUUCACUCUUCCUUUCUUUGGCUUCUUGCCUUAAAUUUUAUGUACAUAACUCAAGAGAACUGUCAUCCCAGUAUCAGAUCUUGUGUCUAUUGGGGGGAAAUGAUCACAAAAUAACCAGGAAACCCUUAACUUGUCAAUGGAUCAAGUUUUUCCUCUUUAAUUGGAUGCAAGGUUAAAAAAGGCCACCCAAUCAAUGUCAUGACCUAUAAAUCUGCCUCCUGAUAUGUGACCUUUUAAAUUAAGAGUUCAUAAAAGAUUUCCUCCUGGUGACCUCCAGCUAAGGGUGAAGAAGGGGAAACUGAGGGAAGAAGACUCACACAGAUCCAGACCCAUAUUCUGGUACUGCCCUUAGGUUUACUAGUGAAAUAAAAUCUCUUCCCCAAGUUCCUGUGUGUGUCAGGUCAGUGUAAAUAAAACAAGUUGCUGUUGCCCUCACUAUUUUGUAAACAUUGCCAGGGGUCAUGCAGUUAAUGUGGGGUAAGAUUCAAACUCCAAUUUUUUGACUCCCAAGUCAGCUCUCUGAGCCCUGGGCUUCCUGUUUUAAAAGGAUUUAUAUGUAUAUGUAUAAAUGAAGUCCUUUUCAAUAGGGUUUUCAAUGAGUUAGUUAGUUGGCCCAGGGCAGGGGCUGGAGACAGAAAAGCAUGAGAUAAAAUCCAAUCUCACACAUUUAGCUGCGACCCUGGGCAAGUCGCUUAAUCCUCUUUGCUUCAUUCAGUUGCCUCAUCUGUAAAAAUGAGUUGGAAAA